AUGUCGGAUAUUGAGGAUGAAAUGGAUAUUGAUGCACCAGUUGCAGACACCUCAAUCAGCUUUGGUGGAGACGCCAAAAAGGGCAAGAGGAGUGCGGCCAAUCUGCCUGUAGAAGCUGAAGAUUCGCUACCAUGGGUGGAAAAGUAUCGACCAAACUCGCUCGCCGAUGUAGAAGGGCACCAAGACAUCAUCGCAACCAUCAAUAAAUUCGUCGACACGAACAGACUACCACAUCUACUUCUCUACGGUCCACCAGGAACUGGAAAGACGUCGACCGUACUCGCCCUCGCCCGACGAAUCUACGGCAACAAGAACAUGAGGCAGAUGGUUUUGGAGCUGAAUGCAUCAGACGACAGAGGCAUCGACGUUGUACGAGAGCAAAUCAAGACUUUCAGUAGUACGAAGCAGAUCUUCUCGGCUGCACCAAAGGCCGGGCAUGCAUCGCUUCCAACCUUCAAGCUGAUCAUCCUGGACGAGGCCGAUGCUAUGACUUCGACAGCGCAGAUGGCCCUACGACGUAUCAUGGAAAAGUACACAGCCAACACACGAUUCUGCAUAAUUGCAAACUACACACACAAGCUCUCGCCGGCGCUCCUGUCGCGAUGCACUCGCUUUCGCUUCUCACCACUGAAGGAGCGAGAUAUCAGGAAUCUGGUGGAUAAGGUUGUCGAGGAGGAGAAGGUCAACAUCACACAAGACGCUACAGAAUCACUCGUCACACUUAGUAAAGGUGAUAUGAGACGAGCUCUGAAUGUCCUGCAAGCUUGCCAUGCGUCCAGCACUCCUCUACAAGAGCCUGGGAAGCCCGCAGUGGACCCAAGCACCAUUGUGCGAGACCAGAUUACGCAGACCACCAUCUACGACUGCAUCGCGGCACCACACCCCUCGGAUAUCAAGUUUAUCAUCGAGACACUACUCUCAACAAGCGACAUGACCCAGUGCCUGCGUACCGUUAAUAACUUGAAGACCUCGAAGGGAUUGGCACUAGCCGACAUUCUGAUAGCAGUGAGUGAAGAGCUUGUCAAGAACGACGUUCCUCCUCAGGUCAUGGUUACUUGGAUGUCGGGCCUAGCAGAUAUCGAGUACAGGCUUAGCGGAGGAGGAAGCGAAGCAAUACAGACUGGCGCCGCCAUCGGUGUUGUCCGGACCGGCGUAGAGCUCAUAGGGAAUGGCAAGAAGUGA